UUUCCAAUAGAUAUAAAAAUAAGAUACAUUGCUGUUUUUUUUUUCUUCUGAAUUUGGCAUGGGCCACCAAAGUCCAAACUAUUGGCUGACUACAUUAAAGUAAAGGCAAAACAGCCCAUAAUAUUAGUUCAAACUCAAACUCCAAGCAAUCUGCUACUAAGGCGCCAUUUUAUCCGGCAAGAACCACCACCUUUCUCCCUUCCACUGCCACACUUCUCUCAUCUCUGCCCCCCUAAAACACUUUGCCGCUCUUGACAGCUUUGUUUAUUGAUCAACCAGUUCUUUCUAGAUUUCUCCAUUACAAUUCCUUUUUUUUUUUAUCAUGACACGUAAAUCUCUCACAUUCCCACAACACGAACACUUGUUGUUGAAGCGACCAAUGAUGGGGGGAUCUUCUGUUGACUUUCCAAUCGAGCUUUCGUGUCGAAAUCAGUUCCUUCUCCCGGUUUACUUUUUUUCCUGAGGGCGCUUACCCCCUACUCCUCGAAUCUCGCUGUUUGAUGCUAUUCCAUUUCAUAUCUCCAUUUCUUUCGGCUCGAGAUUUCGUAAUGUAUUUCUAAAAGUCACCAAGCCAUUGCACUUCAGUCGUACGCCGUUCCCUUUUCUCUUUUCCCCUUUGAGUAAUUCUCACAGCAAUUUGGGUUCAGUUCCCACGUCCAGCAGCGUUCUCACUUGUGAUAUUAACUUUUAUAACCUGGUCAUCAACCUUUUGUAAUUGAAGAGAAGCCUUCUAGCCUCUAGGUCUUUACAGUUGCAGACUAAUCUCAAUCAAUUCAGGCUUUCAAUGUCAACUGAAUUCAAGUUGAAUGUCACCAUUAAUCCUGAUGUCAAGGAAUCAGAUUUCAACUCUUCACUCGAGAUUUCUCCACAUGGUGGAAAGGUGAAUGUAGUGCGCAGGAUCAUUGGUGGUCUUCUUCAUCAAGGAAAGAGACCAGGUAGCCAUAUCUUAGUAACUACAGAACGCAGAGGAACAAAUGAAAGAUCCAGAAACAAUAGGGACACAUCAAGUGAGAACAAUGAACUUCAUGUUGAUACAGGUGAUCAAAAGAGGGCUCAUGAACUGAAAAUUAGAUCUGGACCUUUGGUGUCUGGAGCUGCAUAUUGUCUUUCAUCUUGCAGCAUGAUCUUGCUCAAUAAAGUUGUCCUUUCAAGUUAUGCUUUCAAUGCUGGAAUAUCAUUGAUGUUUUAUCAGAAUCUCAUCAGUUCUAUCAUAGUUAUCGUUUUGGGUGUAUCUGGAUUAGUUUCACUGGAAAAGCUUAACUGGAAACUGGUUAAAGUCUGGAUACCUGUGAAUUUGAUAUUUGUGGGCAUGCUUGUUUCAGGCAUGUAUAGCUUGAAGUACAUAAAUAUUGCAAUGGUCACGAUUUUGAAGAACAUGACAAACAUAUUAACAGCAGUUGGUGAAUUAUAUAUAUUCCAUAAAAGACAGAAUCAGAAAGUCUGGACUGCAAUGUUUCUUAUGAUCAUCUCUGCCAUAACUGGAGGCAUCACAGACCUCUCGUAUGAUGCAACGGGUUACACAUGGCAACUAGUGAACUGCAUUCUGACUGCAAGCUACUCGCUUACCCUACGAAGAGUCAUGGACACAGCAAAAGCUGUGACAAAAUCUGGAUCUUUAAACGAAGUUUCAAUGGUGUUGUUGAAUAAUCUAUUAUCUUUACCACUUGGCAUGUUCUUGAUUAUACUAUUUGAUGAAUGGAGUUAUGUAAUCAACGCGGAGGUAAUCAAGAUUCCCAUGUUUUGGGUGGUGGCAACCACUAGUGGGAUUCUUGGACUUGCCAUUAGCUUCACUUCAAUGUGGUUUUUAAACCAAACUGGUCCCACCACUUACAGUUUAGUGGGGUCAUUAAACAAGAUUCCAAUCUCGAUUGCUGGUUUACUGUUGUUCAAUGUUCCACUUAGUGGGCCAAAUCUAUUUAGUAUACUAUUUGGUUUAUUUGCUGGUAUAUUCUUUGCAAAGGCCAAGAUGUCAUAAUUCCAUGCCAUCAAAUCAAACAUCUUUCACUAGUUACAAUCUGAUUGCUGAUAAGAGCCAGAUCAAAUAUGAUUCUGGAAACAAAUGAAUUGGGAAUCAGAAAGGAUCAUAUAGAGGCUUGAAGAAGUCUUGUAUACAUGCUUUGUUCUGGUUCAAAGGCACACCAGGAGUGAAGAUGCCAAAUUAUCAAAUAUAAGUUAUCUUUGUGUUAUUGUUGUUAUUUCCUUCAUAAUAUUAUGAAUACCAAUUUCACUU